CUACACAGUGCCACUAGUGCCUUUUCAAUGUUAGCGAACAGCGCAAGCAGUACCAACCCAGGGCGGGUACUUCACAGCGAAUACGAAGCUCGGCUUCUCAAAGGCCACCACCCCAUAACCAACAACUGCAAGUCUCCAUCGUCGUCCACCCGAUCAGCAUCUUCACGACAACCUCCAAAUGUUGAAAACUGCAGCCAGUUGCAGCACCGAGGCAGCCGCCCCAAUGUCACAUCUCCCACGACCAAGUCCCAUCCCUCCAGUGCUCCACGCCGGUCAAAGUGCGUUUACAGCGACCGAUUCAUCCCCUCUCGUACAGCCUCCAACCUCGAGACAACCUUCGACCUUCUGCCUGACAUGGCGUACCCGUCGUCGAAGCGCACUCAACUCCAUCCCCCCACCAACCCCCCACCAACCAAGAACCAAGGCGACCUGAGCUUGCUCCUGCAACGCGAAUACCUUGGCGUGGACGCAUCUCUUGCUUCCUCUAAACCUUUCUUUGACCGUCGUGUGGCAACUGACCCACGGCAAUCGUCUGCCACAACACGAAGGAAUUUGUUUCGAUUUCAAUCCCCGCGUGACCACUUAUCCUGUUCUUUUCCAACCACGACUCCUCUGCUGAAGCGCAACCCGCUAGCCGCAACGAGCCCGCCGUUAGCGAAACAGCGAAAGAUUGCCAAAUCGCCGUUUAAAAUCCUCGAUGCCCCCGCCCUUCAGGACGACUUCUACCUCAACUUGGUCGAUUGGUCAUCCAUGAAUAUCCUCGCUGUGGGCCUGGGGUCCGCCGUGUAUCUCUGGAGCUCGUGCACAAGCAAAGUCACGAAACUGUGCGAGUUGGGCACGAUGGUCACGUCCGUGGCAUGGUCUUCCCACGGCACCCAUCUCGCCAUUGGAACCCAUCACGGAGACGUUCAACUAUGGGAUGCCGUGUUAUGUUUGCGUAUUCGCGUCAUGACGGGGCACACUGAACGUGUGGGAACUCUAGCGUGGAACUCGACCGUGUUGGCGUCUGGCAGUCGUGAUAAAACGAUCUGCCUGCGCGAUCCGCGGUGUCCAUUGGAUGUGACGUCGACGUUGCAAGGCCAUAAACAAGAAAUUUGUGGGUUAAAGUGGUCGUUUGACAACACACAAUUGGCCUCUGGCGGCAACGACAACAAGGUACAUGCAUCGCCCGCUGCUGUGUUUCCCAUAACAGUAACUUACUACCGUUCUCUCAUACUCUAUCAACUGAGCAGCUGAUGAUCUGGAAUUGCCAUGCUGUCCACCCAGUACUGCGGUUUACAGAUCACACUGCGGCAGUCAAAGCCAUAGCGUGGUCCCCCCAUCAACCAGGGCUACUGGCGUCCGGGGGCGGCACAGCCGAUCGAUGCAUCCGAUUCUGGAACACCGUACAAGGUCAUGCGUUGCAAGCCGUGGACACUGGCUCGCAAGUGUGCAACCUUGUCUGGUCCAAGAACAGCAACGAAGUUGUGAGCACACACGGUUACUCGCUCAACCAAAUCAUCGUGUGGAAGUACCCCAGCAUGGCUAAAGUGGCCACGCUCACUGGGCACACGUAUCGAGUGCUGUACCUGGCCAUGUCGCCCAAUGGGCAAACGAUCGUCACGGGCGCCGGCGACGAAACCCUCCGAUUUUGGAACGCGUUUGCGCCUGCCCCCACCUCUCAAACGUCGUCACUGGUGCUCCCGCUCGGUAGCCAGCAUAUUCGAUGAGUCAAGAAUAAAGUGGUUUCGAUGGAUGAUUUAUUUGGCUUUACAGCAGCCGUUCAGCGCCACAACAAGCGACACCUUCCAGCAGCGUUCAGCGCAGAAAUCGACACCUUUUGGUACCCUAAGUGCGUGCUGUCGUC